AUGCAAUCAGAACAAGAACAGUUGCAGAAAAAGAAUCAGGAUCUGGUCGACCUGUACCGCGAGACGUCGAAGAAGCUCACGCAGAUGACCAGUCUCUACAACUUGCUCAAGGCUCGUGCCAUGAAAGCUCGAAUGCAGACAGCCGCUUCGGAGAACGUAUCUCAAACCUUGAAUACACUCUCGUCUCGCCCCGGUCCCACCAUGCCCAUGACACAGCCUGGACCAUCGAUGCCAGCGAUCCCAACAGUGCGCACCCCCAAAACACCUUGCUUCCCUCUGAGUCCAGAAGGAGUGGAGCAGCUGCAUCGAUACCAGCGGAGCGGGACUGGUAGCUCGAAGAGAUCAAGACCGCAGGUCGGAGGGACUUCGGCGAUGCCCCCGCCACCAGGCCAUACUGUCAUGAAUAUUCGAGCUGGUAAGCAAUAUGAAUGA